AUGGAGUCGACCGGGUACAAAAUUGUCAGCACCAGUUCGGCCCUAAAACCUGAGCUUAUUGAAUCUGUCAAGGAGGCGAUAGGACCGGACCAGCUGUCUGGGCAAUUAUCAGGAGGCUAUGCAAAUCCCUCUAAGCACUGGGAAGGAGGGAGGUCCGAUGCGCUGUUUGAUCAGUGCGCAGAGCAUGGUCUUGAUGUAGACGCGUUAAUUAAUGGUGGCUUACGGAAAGGCUACCAGCAAGUCAUACACCAACCAGUCCGAGUCGUCCGGUUCCUGCCAAAUACACUAAUGAUGGGUCCCAUGAGAGCCCAUCCGAGUCCAAACUCCAUCUCAAUAUUCCGGCCCCUUUACGAUUCUGUUGGGCCGGAGAAUGGAAUGUUCAAAAUCUACCCGUGCUCCCAGUCUCUUACAAAGGCAGAAAUUGAAGGCAGGUCAAGCGAGGUCCGUCUCGACCCCCAUCAGGCUCUGGUCACUCUUGGCCCACUUUGGGUGGAACCUGUUCAUAGUGGUGGUGGUGUCAUUAUUUGGAAAGGCUGCUCAGAAAGUCCGGUUGGGAUGGACACUUUUGGUGACCAUGUUCUACCUUUUAUGAAACAACACGAACAGGAUUGA